AUGGUCUCUUGGUCACAAAUUCCACCGGAAAUCAAACGACAUGUCGUUCAGAAAUUGGACUUUAUGAGCAGAAUCUCAUUGAAAAAUACUUCUCAUUUGGAUCGGCAGAUUGUGGAGUCUACAAAAUUAUACAUUCCACGAGCAAGAUUUGGAUACAAAGAUGGAAAGAGUUUGGUUGUGAUCUAUACGGGAAUCGAAAAGUUUCUGAGAUUGGAAAUGGAGAAAUGCGGAAACGGAGUUGUGAUUCAGAAAUCCGAAAACAGCUAUGAUCAUUCUAAAUUUGCGAGAAAGUUCAUGCCAUCAAUUGACACUUUCUCAUUGGGUCUCUUCGUUCUCAAGUCUCUUCUCAUCGAUAUCAAUAUUGAAGUGAUUGAAUGGGAUCUACCUGAAGAGUCAGAAGAAGGAAUGGUCGAAAGAAUAGUUAAGUUCUUGAGUCCAGCCCGGUUCCAAGUUAAAGAAAUGGCAUGUCUCUGGAAUUCAACUGAAUCUUUUCAAUCAUUUUGCUUUCAAAUCGUUGUCUGGGAGCAUCUGAAAUCGAUCCGUCGUAUUGGAGUUUUCCCGACUUCUGGCUCUCUUGAGCCAAUUUUUAUUCAUGAGGAUGAGUCCGAGUUUAAUGGAAGGCCGUAUUACAAAACGUCCAUAACAAUGUCAUAUUUGGCGGAAUUGUUCGGUAUGGCAUUCGAUUUCUCGUUCUAUCAUCAGAACCCAAUAUGCGCCAAUUAUAGAUUGAAAAAUGGAACAACACCGGAAAAAGAAAAAUUCCGAAGGAAGGAGGAAGACGACACAGUCACUCGUUGUUACGCAUCGGAAUGUGGUACUUGGGAGCAUAAAAUGUUGAAGGAGAAUGAGGAUCGAUUGAAACAGCGUCUUGAUUCUCAAAAAUGUGGAACCAGUUGGUUGUGUGAAAAUCAUGCAGACCCAUUCGACUAUUGGUAUCAUCACAAUUUCCCACUUCGUCUCGCUCAGGAACCUGAUUGGAAUGCUGUCAUUUGUAUCGGAUCUGAGUUUUUGUUGGGAUUAGAUGAUUUGUUUGAUCCCAUGAUAAAGGCAGCUGAAGAAGCUGAGGAGAAACGAUUGGAGAAUGUGAUUCUGGAUACAUCAACGUCGUCGUGGGGAUUCAGAAGACUAGAUGAAGGAGAGGUUCAGAGGAUUCCUCAUGUCAUGGGACAUAAGUCAGAUAACGUAAAAAAGACUUGCGGUUCAAAAGCUGGAAAACCAAAAGGUGACCUUAAUGGGUUGAAUAUGAGAGACAUCAUGAAAUGCUUGGAAGAAGUUGGAAUAGUUGAGGAUAUACAAUGGAAUUCUGAAGAUUCAGAAGAAAAUUCCGAAGAAGGGGAAGAUCCAGAUGUCCCCAAGAUAUUUGCCAUGGGAGGAUACUUGUCGAGCCCGACUGAAACGAGCACAACGGAGGAGCAGAGAGCAAGAGCAGGGAAAGAAAAAGAAUCUCAAGAAGAGAAAAAGAACACCGAGGGUUCUGACUGUGGAAUCCACAUGAAUCCACAUGGAACGUUCAACGGCUGCCACUUCACAAUCAACAAUGGUUCUGAAGACAUUACAAAUCAAGAGAACGGUUCAAGAGGAGAAACCGUAAACCAUCGAAAACGUCGGUGGAGGCAAAGAAGAUUGAUGCAAAAUUCCACGGGAUCACCCAAUCGGCAAAGAACCCGAUUGGACGUUCCAGUAAAUCCCGACUUGGAUUACGACUCGUUCAGAAAUGUUAACGACUCGUCCAGAAAUGAGAUUCAAAUAGAGGAAAUUAUUCAGAAUACUACAAGUAAUCGUCCACUUGAUGUAGAUUUGGAAUCUAUGAGGAUGGAUUCAAGUUUGAUUUUGGAAACGAAUCAUUUCGAUGGAAUUGAACAAGCGAGAGGACUGGAAUCAAGAGCGAGCAUCGUUCGAAAUCCAACUGGUGAUGGAUUAGGACUGGAGAUGGAUGAGUUGACAAAUGUAACAAAUUCGGAUUGCACAUUCUAUCAAGAUGAAAUGGCUCAUGACUACGAUUGCUGGACCAUCAUCGGAGUGGAGUCGCAUGCGCCGAUGAAUCCUGGCUAA